GUACAUGGUCAACGGUUUUAUUAGUUGCUGAUUAGUUAGGACUUUCUUUCAGCCCAAGGGAGUUCAAUCCCAAAUCUCCCAAUAAUCUAACCUCGUCUGAAACCAGGAUCCUGCUGACGGCGGCACCGACUGUCCAGAUUGAAGGCUUAACCAGAUAGCUCAGAUGGGGGAAUUGAGAUGCUAAUUUGAGGGAGGGAGGCAGGGAGAGAGAGAGAGAGAGAGAGAGAGAGAGAGGGAGGGAGGGAGGGAGGAGAGGGAGAGAGAGAGGAGAGAGAGAGAGAGAGAGAGAGAGAGAGAGAGAGAGAGAGAGAGAGAGAGAGAGAGAGAGAGAGAGAGAGAUGGAGAUGGGGAGAGACGUGUUUGGCAACCCCAUCACAACCGCAACUUUGGAGGGUAUGCCAGAGUAUAGAUCUGGGAAAAUAACAAGAAUCGACAGGGCACGCGCGGCAAUGGAUAUGAAAAAAGCCAGGGGAAAGGACUACGUGAAGGCACGAGCACACCUCGAGCAUUUGAAGGACGAAUCGGGUACAAAACUCGCCAAUCUCGUCCUUAUUUACAAUGCAACAGGAGACACCGUCAGAUGUGUUGGUCAGAAAGAUUGGAUUGGCGUUGACAUAGUGUACCCACCAUUGAUUGGAAAUGGCCAGUGGGCUGCGUUUCUGACCGUCAAAAACCCCAGUUAUAGUUAUGGCUCUACUUCCGCUGUUGUGUAUCGCGGCAAGAACGCCGAUGGUAACAACUGCGACUAUAUGCUGUCUUGGAGCAACCCGGCGGACAGGGUUAAAUGGGACAACACGGUGUGUACGCAGGUUCGCAGAACUAACCACUUUGACAAUGGAGCAACUUGGAAUGAAAUCUACGAUCACUUGUGUAGAACUCGCUCGUCCCAAGAGGAUACAUGGCAUGGAUGUACCUCAACCAUCUCAACUGACAGUGCUAUUUUCGCAGUAGUUGAGGGAACACUCACUAUAGAAGAUGUCUGAGUUGGUGCAUUUGGUGUCAUAUGUUUCUGCGUUUGGGAAACUUGGAAGGCUAGCUAGGUAGGUGUCUGGCUGUUUACAAGGGGUCUGGACCUCGUUGCGGUUGUCUUGUCGCUUGUCAGGAGCAGAGCAGUGACGGAAAUUUGUUGAAGUGAAUGCCGAUGGUGCUUGGAAGGAUGGUUCUGCAGGGGAGUGUUGUUAUUAUUCGUGAUAGCAAUGGUUCAUUUCGUUCAUAAUUUACACGGUCGAGGCUACCUAAUGUAAACUUCUUCAAUAAGAUAUUCGUGCAUUAAUAUGCUUUGUGAACAUUGAUUUGAGGUUUCAAGUGAACUUUAGCUUUGUUGGUUAAGAACAUUUAUCAAUCCAUCAAGGUUCUGUACUCGAAAUUAUCUCUCCGUAAUUUAGAUGAAUGUAAUGUAUUUAUCUUA